AUGCCCGACCGCGGCUGCCCGGACCGCUGGGUCCUGGCGAUGGAGGAGUUGAGAAUAGCCCAGGGCUGGCACGGGCCGCGCCGUCGGGGCGGCUUUGUGGCCGAGCUGAUGCGGCCGGACCUGGACGCGGUGUACCUGCCAGCGCCGGCCGCGCUCCCGCCCUUGGGCAGCCUGCAGGGCAAGUUCGUGGUGAAGGCGGUGGGCGACUACAGCCACCCGGGGCUUAGCCCCAAGAGUGGACCCGCUGCCCCGCCGCCCGGCGCCGACGGCCCCGGCGUGCCCUACACCUCCCUGCCGCGGAUGUGCCCUAAAAUCAAGCAGGAGGGGGGGGGGGGGGGGGGGGGGGGGGGGGGGGGGGGGGGGGGGGGGCCCUUCAACCUGGCCGACAUCACCGACGUGUCGCCCUCGGGAGGCUUUGUGGCCGAGCUGAUGCGGCCGGACCUGGACGCGGUGUACCUGCCAGCGCCGGCCGCGCUCCCGCCCUUGGGCAGCCUGCAGGGCAAGUUCGUGGUGAAGGCGGUGGGCGACUACAGCCACCCGGGGCUUAGCCCCAAGAGUGGACCCGCUGCCCCGCCGCCCGGCGCCGACGGCCCCGGCGUGCCCUACACCUCCCUGCCGCGGAUGUGCCCUAAAAUCAAGCAGGAGGCUCCGCCGCCGUGCACGCUGGCCCCGCCGCCGCCGCACGGGAGCAGCCCCCGAGGAGCCCCCCAGCACGAUUUCGCCCUGGGCAGCCGCCCGCUGCCUGCUCGGAGUACGCCUUCGCUGGGGCCCGAGGAGAUGCUGAGCGGCAGAGACUGUCUCCCCGCCACGCCGGGGCUGGGCCACCCGCCGCUGCCGCCGGGGUACCCCCCGGCUCCGGGCUACCCCACCUUCCUGCCCGAGCAGCUCUCUCCCGGAGCGCUCCAGUACCAAGAGCUGAUGCCGCCCGGGAGCUGCCUGCCUGAGGAGACCAAGCCCAAGAGGGGACGCCGAUCGUGGCCUAGGAAAAGGACGGCCACACACACCUGUGACUAUGCGGGCUGCGGCAAAACCUACACCAAGAGCUCUCACCUCAAGGCGCAUCUGAGAACCCACACAGGUGAGAAGCCUUAUCACUGUGACUGGGAAGGCUGCGGGUGGAAGUUUGCCCGAUCCGAUGAACUCACUCGCCACUACAGAAAACACACAGGCCACCGCCCAUUCCAGUGCCAGCGCUGUGACAGAGCCUUCUCCAGGUCGGACCACCUUGCCUUACACAUGAAGAGGCACUUCUGAUUUGGGAAAGCAGUGGAUCUUUCCCCCGCCUGCCUUAGAGAUUCAGUAUUUACAGCACAAGGACUGUCUUCCACAAGACAGGGAGAACUCAUUUUAAGCACUACAGAUAAUCAAGGUGAAGUCUUCCAAAGAGUGGAAAAGAGGGAUAAUGUAUAUGGACAUUACAACUUCCUUUUUUUUAUAGUUAAACACUUAAGAGAACCAAAGACAUUGGGGUCAAUGACUGGAUCUUCUAUCAUUCCAUUUGUAAAUCCAACUUGAAUUAUUUCUGGACUACCGAAUGCCAAGGAGUGACUGGAAGUCACAGAUAUCAGGGUUAAACAGACUGUAUGUAGUUUGGAGGGUGGGGAUAUUACACAGGGAAAUGACAUUCCCUUAAUUUCCUUUCAAUGCAAUAUUAGAUGUACAUGUCAUCUUGUACUUUCUUCUUUUUUUUUUUUCCUUCUAAAAGCCAUUACAAUUUUAAAGAGGAGGAAAAAUUCAGGUACAGAAUUAUAUUUUAAAAGCCUAUUUCAUGGUGCUUAGUGACUGUUGGUUCUAGAGGUACCAAAAACAGGAAGCCAAAGUUCUCAAACUGCUGCAUAUCUGACAAGGAACUAUUUUUUAUCUUCCGAUUGCCAAUUAUGACCUAAAUCAGGUGAAUAACCCUGGUUUAUCUUUUUUAUUAAGAAAAUAACUUUAUGCAGACAGUCUGUAAUGCACUGUGGUUUCGAUGUGCAAUAGUUUGUACAAUGGUUUAUUCCCGAAUAUGCCUUAAGCAGAACAAAUGUUUUCUAUAUAGUUCUUUACAUAAUAGAUAUGUAAUAUAAAUUUAAGCAAACUUCUAUUUUGUAUAUUUGUAAACUACA